AUGGCGGGCGCACGCCAUCACGACGGGGGCCCGGACCACCACCACGCUGCUGGGCAACCUGGAGAUGGCGGGCGCACGCCAUCACGACGGGGGCCCGGACCACCACCGCGGGCCAGCGCCGUUGGGUGGGCCGCUCGGGUUCAAGACGCUGCUGGGCAGCCUGGAGAUGGGGGGCGCGCGUCACCACGACGGGGGCCCGGACCACCACCACGGGCCCGCGGGCCUUGA